AUGCAUGGCUGGUGCAUCAUCACUCUCUCUCCCAGCAGCCAGCAGCCAGAUGGUGCGUCUAUCCCUCAUCCACUUCCCCGACAAGCCACCUCCCACGGCCACUACCACCGCCUCCUCCGUCUGCCCAUCCGCACCCGUGCGGCUAACUUUCCCACAACAUUCGUCCUGGCCGACGAAACCGCCCGAGACGCCCCCUCCCCAGUCACCUCCGACCACCCAUCCAUCCCGAUCUCCCCAGCUUCUCAUUCCCCAGUCUUCUCUGCCCACGAACCCCCCUCCAACCCCCCGCCAGACCUCGCUCUGUCCUCUUCCACGGGGAAGCGUAGGCUGAGUGCAUCCGACAGCGACUCCAUCUCCGAGAGCGACGAUACCCAACUGCAACGAGGCCGGUCCUCUCGCCCUACUAAGAAACGGAGGCGUGGAACAGAGACGAUGCGCCAUGAUGCUGAUGUUUCAAACCGGUCAAACUCCUCCGCCCAGAGCUUCUCCAACGGCGCCUCCUCCUCAUCGGCAGCCCAGAAAUCGCCACUGCACAGCGUCGCUAACGGCGACUCGCAUACGUAUACCAAUGGAAGUUCGGUAGCGAACGGCUCCUCCAGAUCUCCGACUUUUCGAGGUCACGACAGGGAGGAGCUUACACGCGUCAUGAUCCAGAGUCUGACGGAUCUGGGCUACCAGGACGCUGCGAGAUCUUUGGUGAAAGAGAGUGGAUAUACGCUGGAAGGACCUACCGUGGCAGCUUUCCGAAGCGCCGUUCUGAAUGGUGACUGGGCAGAGGCUGAGGAGCUGUUGUUCGGGAGCAACUCUUAUGACACGGAAGGGGGCAUCGAAUUGGGCCGCAGUAGCAGCAAAUACGACAAGUCGUGGUCCAAAUCAAGGUCCAUGGCAUCUCCGCAUCAUUCUGAAGGGUUGCCGCUUGCCGAAAACGUCAACAGAAACGAGAUGCUCUUCUGGCUCAAACAGCAGAAAUACCUGGAAUUGCUGGAAAGGAGAGAUCUCGGGAAAGCUCUCAUGGUUCUCCGACAGGAGCUCACCCCUCUUCAUCAAGAUGUCGCCAGAUUGCACACUCUCUCUAGCUUGAUCAUGUGCCCGUCCGCCGAAGACCUCAGAGCGCAGGCACUGUGGGAUGGCGCCGAGGGCGAGUCUCGCGCUGCCCUCCUAUCUGAGCUCUCCAAAUCGAUAUCACCUAGCGUGAUGAUCCCCGAGCACAGAUUGGUUACCUUGCUAGACAAGGUAAAAGCCGGCUGGAUUGCAAACUGCCUUUACCACAACACGGCUGCUUCCCCCUCGCUCUACGUUGACCACAGCUGCGAACGAGACGAAUUCCCAAUGAAGCCAGUCAUGGAGCUUAGGAAUCACAAGGAUGAGGUAUGGUAUCUCAAGUUCUCGCACGAUGGUAGCAAGCUUGCGUCGGCCAGCAGAGACAGAACCAUUGUCAUCUACGACACGACUACGUAUAAGGUGCUUCAUCGACUGGAUGAUCACGGAUCCGGUGUUAGCCACGUAGCUUGGAGCCCCGAUGACUCGAAACUCAUCUCGUCCUCCGGCUCCCAGGAGAACCCCAGUGGAGAGAGCACGGCACGUAUUUGGGACGUCAAGACUGGUGUAUGUAUUAGGUGUUAUAGUGAUUUCACCUAUGCGUGCACCGCGGCCGCAUGGGCGCCGUCUGGUCAACUGGUUGUCAUUGGCUCACAAGACAACCAACUCCCUUGCAGUGUGUGGGAUCUUAAUGGCCACCGAAUCCACACCUUUCACGAAGACAGUUACCGCGUCAAUGAUCUCGCUGUAUCCCCCGAUGGCAAGCGGCUUGUUGUGUUGCUCGUGGACCAGCGCAUCUUCGUAUACAACUUCAUGACAUAUGAAAAGAUCGGCGAGUGGCGUUUCGAAGACGACGACCAAAACCUUACCAGCGUUACCAUCAGCCAAGAUUCGCACCACAUGCUUGUGAGCUUAAGCCCGGACAAGGUCAAGCUGAUGGAAAUCGACUCUGGAAAAGUCGUGCAGAGGUUUCAUGGGCACAUGCACAAGGAAUUCGUCAUCCGCUCGUCGUUUGGCGGCGCCGACGAGAGCUUUGUCGUUAGCGGCAGUGAAGAUUCCCGUAUUUAUAUCUGGCGAAACAAUGGGACCCUCGUUGAGACGUUGGAUGCACAUUCGGGUUGCGUUAAUUCGAUCGCGUGGCAUCCCACGAACCCGCGCGUCUUUGCAUCCGCUGGUGACGACGCCAAAGUCCGCAUCUGGAAGCCGAUCUCGGCCCAGAUCUAG